AGUGUCAAUGAUAAAUUAUUCUUGAAAUCUGAAGACCUAAGGGCCAUACGUUUUUUCUUUUAAGUUACAAGUUUUUUCAGAGAAAUAUAUAUUUUUUUCAUUUCCCUUGCGUUCAUUUACUUUUUUCUAACUGUCUGUUGGCUAUGUUGUUACCAAUGUCUGUCUGUCUCUCUCUCUCUCUUCAGAAUGUCUGUUAAAAAAAAGGAAUGUGGCCGUGGCGAGUUUGUCUUGUACGAGUGUUGCGAUUGGACUGCUAGAGAAGAAGUAGCUUUGUUAGAAGCCAUCGAGCAUUUCGGAUUGGGCAACUGGGAAGAUGUAUCAAAACUCAUUGCAACCAGGUCCCCUCAAGAGGCCUUCAAUCACUUCGAGGAAACGUACGUUAGUUCCAACAUAGGAGACGAGACCUUGUCUGCGGAGCAAUUUGGAACUGUGUAUGAUAGUGCAAUAAACUACAGUGAAGGUUGUGACCCUCUCAAAGAUAUGAUUGUUGGGAGAAAAACAAGUGUGGAAAGAGAACAACAACAGUUGAUGGCAUAUUUACCGUUAAGAGACGACUUUGAAUUAGAUUACGACAAUGCGGCUGAAACUGAUAUAGCAGAUUUGAGUCCAUUUGGUGACCCUGGAUGCUUUGACAUGGAGAUGCACUCGUUACAAUUCGAGCUCAAAGUCGCCCAAGUUCACAUGUUUAGACGAAGAAUCACAGAGCGUCAAAGGAGGCAUGAUGUUGCACACGAUUACUCAGUCAUACCAGAAUUCUUCAGAGAAACCAAAGAAGCCAGUUCGAGUUCUUCCAAAAAUAGCAGUUCAACUCAAAAAUCAGGCGACAUUCGGGGGUUCUACAGAGAAAAAAGUAAAGUAUGGAAUGAAAUUAUAAGUAGCACUGAAACUGCAAAUACUACUGAUGCAGAUAAAUCAGCUGCUCUGGCUUUUCUUCAGACAAUUUGUGAAUCUGAGGCGAACCAAUUGUUUCGAGAUUUGUCCGAAGAAAGAAAAGUUAGAGCUCAACUGAAGUGUCUGCAGUUCUUCCGCAAACGUGGCUGUAGAACCUUGGAAGAUUGUGGCGAAGCAAUGCUGCGGGAAAGUUUCGCGGCGGCCGAAGUAGACAAAGAGGUCAGAAAGCAGUUGGAACAUGAGGUUUCAAGUAGUUCAACCAGGAGUUCAUCAGUUGGAGCAGGUGGUGAACACAAAUCGUGCGAAAACGGACACGACAAUCUCAGCAAAGAGGAGGAACAGUUCUGUGACAGGUAUGAAAUAAAACCUGCCAAGUAUAUUACUAUCAAGUUGAAUUUACUCAAAAAAAUAGGCGACGGAAACUCGUUCGAUGACGUCAGAGCAAGGUUCCGAGAUAAAGAAGGCGUGAACAAGAAAGUAGCGGAUUUCCUUCAUCUCAGUGGGUUAAUACCGUCAUCAUCUUAAUCUUCUAUCAGAAGAUG